GGAGAAAGGGGUGGAGCGAACCUCUUUGUUAUCACGGUACUUAUUCCGCUGUUGAGACAGAAAUAUCUACCUUUAUCUAGACCGGUAACUCUAACUUGGAAGUGGCUUUCGCGUUCGGCCAAGAUAAACGAUGUUUUCCACGGCCACAAGAAACUUUGUGGAGGAGAUUGAUGAUGAUGGCAGCUUGAUCCCUGUGUCCAGUCUGAUUGACUCAGACAAACUGGUCCCUCUCUCACUGGUUGUGAAACGCAAGCGUUUUUGGAUUUGGCAGAAACCCAAGUACCUGCCCACUGAUUUUACCCUCAGUGAUGUGCUGACUGGAGACACACCCUUAACCCCAGUUGUGGUCAAGACUGAUUUCCUAAAGUACCAAGGGACAUUUGGUGACAACAAAUCAGGAAACUUUGAGACAAAUUUGGUUGCUGUAAACCUUAAAGUGGAGGGGAAAGACACAUCUAAACUCCAGUCGUCCUUCGGCAGCCUGAAGAAAGAGGAGGUGGAUGUACAGAAGUUGCUGCGCGACUCCAAAGACAAGAUUUUGGACAUGUCCCACUGUCUGAUCCAGCAGACCCGUGAGAAGUCCAGGGAGGUGUUUGCGGUGGUGAAAGAGAGGAUUGUGACGACCCAGCCGUGUUCGGUCAUAGAGGAGGUCCAGGAGGGGGGGCAGUUAGGGGAGCUGCUGAGCUUCUGUGGGCCCAAGAGCACCCAGGUGUCUGUAAAGGAGAACAGCAGCCUGCACAAAGACAGCAACGUGUCUCUGGAGAUUCCUGCUCACACCGUCAUCGCUUACGGUAUUAUAGAGCUGGAGAUCAAACUCAACGGACACUAUGAGCUGUGCCUAAUGUCCGACACUCUUGGGGGUUUUGAGGUGGAUGGGCCUGUUAAGAAGAGCUUAGUGGGGGUGUCUGGUGCUCACGACGACACCCCAAAGAAGAGCUGCUUUCAGAGAGAACUGGAGAAACUGAGUCGUCAUUUCCAGCUGCUGUCAGUCCUGCCAGCAGACACACGUUCCUCUCUGCUCCAGCUCCUCAAGACAACCAUGGAGGACAGAGAGACAGUCAGUGUGCUGGAGAGUGUGCUGGACCAGAUGUGCACAGGUAAGACAGCUGACCUGGGGGAGGUUAAGGAAGUGUCUCAGAUGCAGACAGUCCAGGCCAUACUGAACCUUCUAGAGCAAUCGGACUCCAGCCCAACACCCUCCCUCCUCAGUGAUUCCAGCCAGACACGGUCCCUCCUCAGUGAUUCCAGCCAGACACCCUCCCUCCUCAGUGAUUCCAGCCAGACACCCUCCCUCAGUGAUUCCAGCCAGACACCCACCCUCCUCAAUGCCACUCAUCUCAUUAUCAGUGCCAUGGAUGGAAUGACAGAUGAGUGUCUCUCUGUGUUGGGAUCCUGUUGCAGUCCUCUAGUCUUACAGGCCCUGCAGAUCCUGGUGCAGCAUGUGGCAGCAGGGAGUGGGGAGACCCUCUCUCUGAGAGAUGCUGGUCUGGCUGUUCUGACUGAGGAGGAGGUGUAUCAGAGGACAGAGAGUCUCUUUAGAGUGACCAAAGUUACACUGAAGAGAGAGGACGACACACUGAGGACAGAGAUGAAGGACCAGCCUGGAUACCUUCCUCUAGUCAUGAGUAUCACUGUGAAAGGCCUGGCCUCUUUAGUGUAAGGAGAGACUGAGUGAGAGGGAGGAGCGGUUUCCUUCCUCUCCGGCAACUGAGUUAGGAAGGGCGCCUGUAUCUUUGUAGUGACUAGGUGUAUUGAUACACCAUGCAAAGUGUAAUUAAUAACUUCACAAUGCUCAAAGGGAUAUUCAAUAUGUGCUUCUUUUUUUUAAAACCCAUCCACCAAUAGGUGCCCUUCUUUGCGAACCAUUGGUAAACCUGUGCUUGAAAUUCACUGCUCGACUGAGGGACCUUACAGUUAACUGUGUGUGGGGGUCGUCAUUCAAAAAUCAUAUUAAACACUAUUGCACACACAGUCCAUGGAACUUGUGAUUAUUUAGGCUUGCCAUAACCAGUUUUUAAUUUUUAAUUCCUUUGUAAACAAUUCCACUGUGACAUUGGGGUAUUGUAUGUAGAUCAGUGACACAAAAUCUCAAUGUAAUCAGGUUGUAACAACAACGUGAAAAAAAGUCAAGGGGUGUGAAGUCUUUCUGAAGGCACAAUUACCGGAAAACGUUGUCAUGGCCAAUAGGAGUGAUCUAACCUUACAGGAUCAGUAUUAAGACUAACCUUACAGGAUCAGUAUUAAGACCAACCUUACAUGAUCAGUAUUAAGACCAACCUUACAGGAUCAGUAUUAAGACCAACCUUACAGGAUCAGUAUUAAGACCAACCUUACAGGAUCAGUAUUAAGACCAACCUUACAGGAUCAGUAUUAAGACCAACCUUACAGGAUCAGUAUUAAGACCAACCUUACAGGAUCAGUAUUAAGACCAACCUUACAGGAUCAGUAUUAAGAC